AUGGCUCGUUUCCGAAGCAAGAAGAAAAAACCGUUUGUUAAGCCGAUCAUCAAGAAGCAGCCGAGUGUGGAUCAUAUUACUGGAGGCAAGAUUCCAAAGAGUUUUGUUUUUCCUCGGGGGAAGUUGCCGGGCCCCCUUAGACAAUUACAGAUGGAUUUAAGAAAAUUGAUGCUUCCUUUUACUGCUCUUAAGCUCAAGGAAAAAAGGCGAAAUAAUCUCAAAGACUUCUUGAAUGUUUCAGGACCUAUGGGGGUAACACAUUUCCUCAUUUUAUCUAAAACUGACACGGCACCAUACCUGAGAGUUGCUAGGACACCCCAGGGUCCAACGCUUACAUUUAAAAUAAACGAAUACUCAUUGGCUUUUGAUAUUGCUCAAGGUCAAUUGCGUCCGAGACGCCCCAAAGAUCUUUUCAAAAACUCACCCUUGAUUGUUCUUUCUGGUUUCGGGACUGGGGAGCAACAUCUGAAGCUCAUUACUAUAAUGUUUCAAAACAUAUUUCCUGCCAUAGACGUGAACACUGUCAAUCUUUCUUCGUGCCAAAGGAUUGUAUUACUAAAUUACAACAAAGAUACGAAGUUGAUUGACUUCCACGUGAGUGAUUUCGUGACAAAGUCUGGUUAUGGAUCAGAAAGUGAGGCAGAUGAUGAAGCUGCAACUGUAAUUCUAGCAACUGACCUUGGUAGAGUUACCCGGGCUUCUAACAGAAGUGCUGUUAAGCUUCAAGAGAUUGGACCUAGGAUUACACUUAAACCCAUCAAAGUCGAGGAAGGACUGUGUUCUGGAGGAGUAAUAUUCAGUGAAUAUGAUAUGCUAAUCUGA